AUGAAUAGGCAGGAAAUACCAGGCAGGAUAAGGUCCGAGAUGUCAAGAGUAGUAACUACCAAAUCCAAGAUUGUGGAAUCUUCCACUAAUGGAGAAUAUACAAAGAUUAUCACAUUUCAAAAUGAGAAUGGAGAAGAAACUGUGGUUAAUUUCCCGCCAACUCUAGAUGAAGAAGAAGAGCAAAACCAAAAGGAGAUGAAUUACAAAUUGGAGAAGGAGAAGGAAAAGGAGAAGGAAAAGGAGAUACUGGAGAUACUGGAGAUACUGGAGACUCUGGAGACUCUGGAGAAGCUAGAGAAACUGGAGAAGCUGGAGAAGCUGGAGCAGCCACGACUGAAAUUGCCGUUAUGUCAACGAGAUAUCUUCAACUCACAAUCAAGAAACCUGCACUUCCGCUCACCACAGAUAUUCCGAAAUCAUGUACAGAAUAUCAUUCAUCCCUAUUUGAAAAAUAACUCACGAGAACCUAAUGUAGGUGUGAAAAGGCUGGAUUCGAACUUGGAAAGCGCAAAACCUGCAAAUUUUUCAUCAUCAUCAUCAUCAACAACAACAACAACAACAUCAACAUCAACAACAACAACAACAACAACGCUAUCACCACCAUCAGGCCUGGAUAAGAACCACAAAACAUCAUUUUCAUCUCCGUCAUUAAGUCUAAUACUAAAUUCCACCACGCCCGAGAAUCACACCAAUACCACUACUUCUUCGAGCCAGCUACAUGCACCUCCCUCCUCUUCCACCACCACCACCACCACCACACCCUCCUCCACCUCCUCUUCUUUUUCCUCCGUUUCUUCUUUUUCCAACAUAGCCACAGGCAUUUCACAAUCGUCAACAAUAAUGGAAUCGACCCAACCGUAUUUUACUGCAAAUAAUAACAGAUAUAGCACAAAUUCAAUAAGCACAACAAAACCCGAUUCAGUAACACCAAGAAUAGCUCAAUUGGGACAGAGAUUGAUAAAGUACUUGAAUUACCUUGGUGUUAUAAGUUACGAUUUUGAAAAUUCUAGUCCUUCGCAAUCGAGACUGUCUACACCUGCUUCUAACGAUGAAACUACCAAGAAACGGCUGAAUAUUGUGAAUGAUUUAAUUUCAAAGAGGCGCACCUUACCAGAAAAAGAGUAUAAUUGUAAACUUGAAUUUGAAUUAUGUUGUCAUUGUCCAAUUGCAGAAAAUGGGAAAGAGAAUGUUGGGGAAAAGGAGGAAAAGGAGAAAUUGAACGGGAAUACAGAAACGGCAGCGGGUGAUAACGAACAAUUCAAAGUUGUAUUAAAGCUAAGGUACAAAAUCAAGAAAAAUAUUAAUCAGCGUGUGUUGCCGCUAAAUUUGUACAUUACAAAUGACGAGCUUGUGAGAUAUUUAAUACAAUGCAUUGUUUUUGGGAAUAAAAAUGGAGAGAGUAAUGUCACUAGAAAGAGUGGUCUGCUGUCGAGACUGGAACUGGAGCUGGGAACAACUAAUAGUGGUGCAAAAAACCCAUAUUCCAUCCAGGACAAAAUCAAAAUCUUAUUGGAUUUGAAAGAAGUCAAAUGUUUCAUCAAUGGGUAUGAAUUGGAAUUAUAA